GAGGGCGAGCGGGCAGCCAAGGCGAGGGUUUGCUGGCAACACGAUGCAGUCCCUGCUGCUGCUUAGUUUCUCGGCGUGCGUGCUGCUGGCCCGGGCGCGGCUGGCUGGCGGCGCGAGUGGUGGUGGUAGGGACAACGGGCCAGGCAGCGGGCGCCGGCAGAGAGAGGCGCUGGCGGCUCAAAAGAUCGAGGUGCUUGUGCUGUUGCCCCGAGACGAUUCGUACUUGUUCUCCCUGGCCCGGGUGAAGCCGGCCAUCGAGUACGCUCUGCGUAGCGUGGAGGGCAACGGCACCGGGAGGAGGCUACUGCCUCCGGGCACUCGCUUCCAGGUGGCCUACGAAGAUUCGGACUGUGGCAAUCGUGCGCUCUUCAGCCUGGUGGAUCGUGUGGCGGCGGCGCGCGGAGCCAAGCCGGACCUCAUCCUGGGGCCGGUGUGCGAGUACGCGGCAGCGCCGGUAGCCCGGCUGGCGUCGCACUGGGACCUGCCGAUGUUGUCUGCAGGAGCGCUGGCCGCCGGCUUCCAGCACAAGGACACGGAGUACUCGCACCUCACGCGCGUGGCGCCUGCCUAUGCUAAGAUGGGCGAGAUGAUGCUCGCCCUGUUCCGCCACCACCAUUGGAGCCGAGCUGCCCUGGUCUACAGCGACGACAAACUCGAGAGGAAUUGCUACUUUACCCUCGAGGGGGUCCACGAGGUUUUCCAGGAGGAGGGUUUGCACACGUCUGCCUACAAUUUCGACGAGACCAAAGACUUGGAUCUGGACGACAUCGUGCGCUACAUCCAGAGCAGUGAGCGAGUGGUUAUCAUGUGUGCCAGCGGAGACACCAUUCGGAGUAUCAUGUUGGCAGUGCACAGACACGGCAUGACUAGCGGAGAUUAUGCCUUCUUCAACAUCGAGCUCUUCAACAGUUCUUCCUACGGAGAUGGCUCGUGGAAGCGAGGAGACAAACACGACUUUGAAGCUAAGCAGGCAUACUCAUCCCUCCAGACAGUCACCCUACUGAGGACCGUGAAACCUGAGUUUGAGAAGUUUUCCAUGGAGGUGAAAAGUUCUGUUGAGAAACAAGGGCUCAAUGAGGAGGAUUACGUGAACAUGUUUGUUGAAGGGUUCCAUGAUGCCAUCCUCCUCUACGUUCUGGCUUUACAUGAAGUUCUCAGAGCUGGCUACAGCAAGAAGGACGGGGGGAGAAUCAUCCAGCAGACCUGGAACAGGACUUUUGAAGGUAUCGCUGGGCAGGUGUCCAUAGAUGCCAACGGGGACCGGUAUGGGGACUUCUCUGUGGUUGCCAUGACCGACAUCGAAGCCGGCACCCAAGAGGUUAUUGGUGAUUACUUUGGAAAAGAAGGCCGGUUCAAAAUGCGAUCCAAUGUCAAGUACCCUUGGGGUCCUUUGAAACUGAGAAUAGAUGAAACCAGAAUUGUGGAGCAUACCAAUAGCUCUCCUUGCAAAUCAUCAGGUGGCCUAGAAGAAUCAGCAGUGACAGGAAUUGUGGUGGGGGCCCUACUUGGUGCUGGUUUGCUAAUGGCCUUCUACUUUUUCAGGAAGAAAUACAGAAUAACCAUUGAGAGACGAAAUCAGCAAGAAGAGAGGAACAUUGGGAAGCAUCGAGAGUUACGCGAAGACUCCAUCAGAUCUCACUUUUCGGUGGCUUAGAAGAUUCCCCACUUUCGUCUGCUUGAGAGAUAGAUGGAAGGAAAGACAUCAGUGGAGCAGAAAGGACGCUCGUGGGGAAUUCUUUGUUUUAAGCCGUAGUCAUUCACUCUACAUUUCCUUUAGAAGCUCAGGAAUGAUUAUUAAUCACUAUCUGCCUCCCGGCCUUUCAUCUCAUGGCAAACAAAUCUGAGGAUGUAACGCCAUUCUAUUAGGUGUUCUGACCGCUGGAAGGACAUAGGAUUAGAUUUAUGUUUUGAAAAAUCUGGCGUUUCCGCCUUUCACACAAGGAUAUAAAGAUGUGGUUUUUCUGAAAUUAAAUGUUUUGUAGCUAGAAUAAAACACUUUUUACAAGUAGAAUAUUCCUGGAAAGAAUUUAACACCCAAUAAGAGGACGAUUAGAAUGAAAAAAAAUCUCAAGCCUCAGAAUGCAGGGCUGCUCCCUGCAUCCAGUGGACAGGUUUGCGGUAGACAAGGCCUGCGUUCGGUGUCCACGGUCAGGUCUGACCUUGUGUCUCCAGAGUGAUCCUCCCCGUCUCUUUCAGUGUCUCAGAAAAACUACUCUGGAAAUUGUAAAUAUUAGUGAGUUAAGAGGAUUUAUAUAAGAAAAGCGAGUCUAAAUGUUUCUUUUAUGAUGUAAAAAAAAAAGCCCUACUUCCUGCUAACAUUUUAUUUUUAAGUAUUUUAAUCUUAUAUUUUGGUAUUAGAAAUGUGUCUAUUUUUUCAUUUUGAAGAUUAAAUUUCACUUGUACUCUAAAAGGGCGGAGAAAGUGUGUGACAAACCCAUGGUGGCAAACGGAUGGCCUCUUUCUCUGCUGUCCUCUUUCCCUCGGCUGUGGUCAAGCACUAACUGCUAAUGGCUGCUUUGACUGCAGACAUCUAGGAAUACGUUCAGCUUGCAAACUCUAAAGGGACACAUUGAAUUUUAAGCCGUUUUUCAUUGUGAAUGGUUUUAAAUUCUGGAGGGCUGCAUCCCUUCUAAAUUGUGGCCAACUGAUUGCCCUUCAAAAUCCAGAGAGGGAAGGCAGUGGAGUAUAGCGGAGGAUACCCAGACAUGGCAAUCUUUCCCUCCAGAAGAAAGCAUGGGCGAAAAUUUGACAGCGAAGCACAGAAAUGAUAAAUUAAAAGGAGUGCAGUUUAUCGAAAGGUGGUUGGAAGAGGGAGUGUUCCUCUUCUGUUCCCUCUGUUCCCUGAGCCCCAACGAGUUUUGCAGCCACCACAAAUUACCCACAGCACGGUAGGACAGACAAGUGCAUUCUGGGAAGGACCGAGCCAGCUUUUGCUGGGUAUCUGAUUCGCACUCAGUCCUGUGUGCUGAGGUUUAAAUGUGGGUUCCCACUUUACCGUUUGAGGAGAGAGCAAGGGUACCAUCUGGUAAUCAUGCCUCUCUUGGUAACAUUUUGAGUUCCUCAAACACCGUUUAGCGGGGAGAAAUAGCAUAAUUCCUUGGAGGCCACAUUCACUCAGGUCUGCUGAAGAGGAAAGCUGAGUGGGGGCAAAGUUCUGGAAGCUGCUCGUGCUUGCUUCCCCGGGAAGGACGGUGUCACAGCUGGUUGCAUCCCACGUCAGAGUGAACGGGCUGUUUCUGUGUGAGGCUCACUUCUUUCUUAUGGCUCAGGAAACGGGAUACGAACCACGUGAUGAAAGAAUCAGUCGUGAACAACAGGAGUGGCUCCGUUGCGGUUCUGCAUUUAGGUCGCUAAAGGAAAAGUGCCGAGGUCAAAAAGAGUGGAAAUAGUCGGCAAGAAAAGUAGAUUUCAAAACUUGUGAGGUAGAACUCAGGAAAGCGGUGGCCAAUGGUUGGGAACUCACAUUACGGAAACUGAGUGCACAGACUGCAACCGCUUCAGUUAUCUGAACCAGAGAGCUCGUUUCCCUCUUUUACUUUCUCAAUAAUCUUUUCCAUAUAUUUCAGAGAUAUUCAUUUUCUAAGGUUUAUUUUUUGAACCUGUGUGUUAGUUACGGGAGAGGGGGUGUUGGGGGAAGUCCUCUACAAUGCUAUAUUCCUUUUGGUGUAAAUAUUUCUGACCGUUCUUGAAAUUUAUAUAGUGGUGCAUUAAUGGCAGUGUUGUUACAACAAAUACCUUUUCUUUCUACUUCAGCUAGAGGAAUUGUUCCAAGUUUAAUAGCAUUUCCCCAGGUAGGAUGUUAAAGAUGAGGAGGGAGUUAGCCUUUGAAAAAAGGGUGACUUUUGACAUCUCUGGAAGAUGGUGUCAUUUCUUAUCAUUUUAAAGCAAUUCUAGUAUUGUUAAGGUCAUUUACAUGUCUGCUAUGUAGCUUUCCUUCCUUAAACAUCUUCACAUGGCUAGGCAAGGUGUUCUUAAUCCCAGCACUUGGGAGGCAGAGUAGAUAGAUCUUUGUGGUUUCGGGCCAGCAUGGUCUACAUAGUAAGUUUCAGGUCAGCUGUGUUUACACAGUGAGACUCUGUCUCAGAAAAAAUAAAUCUUCAUAUGAGUUGCCCAAAUGACAUUAAGUUUUAAAAACACCACUGAGCUGGUGAACCUCUGCUGAGUGUAUAGAUGUCGGUUCUGUGGUGGCCCUGGGGUAAGAACUCUCUGUAUUGUAUCGUGGGAUUUAAAUUCCUAACUGCUAAGCCACAGCUUUGACAUUUGGUCAUUUUUAAUCUGCCAAGAGCCAACUAUUAUAUAAUAAGUUCAAUGGGACUUUAGUUCUUAAGCCAUUCUAUACAUUUUUACUCCUAAAUCUAAUGAUUAAGAUUUCAAAGAGGAUAUCUUAUUAGUAUUUUUCUUAUCUAGUCAAAUGUAAGUUCAUAACAAGCUAAAAUAAGCAUAUAGUUAUGGUAUUGGAAAUAAACACAUUUUUUUUUUUUU